UCAUUUCUACUUUCAUUUUGUAACAACAAAUUUUUUGUGUGUUGGUUGCGUUUCUUAAUUAUUUAAACUAUGCAUUUAAUUUCUAAACUAGCAUUAUCAGGGACAAAGUCACAACAUUGUUAUAGACUAUUUUUUUGUCGAAAAUGGAAUUUUCUGACAAAUGUAAACUUUGUAAGCCUGUUAAGGUCUGACACACUUUCCACAAAAUAUAUGCAAGGACAUUGUACACAAACUGGCCGAGUGCUCAGUGGAAAUAUAUGUCUUAAUAAAGUAAUUCGAAGAUUUAAAACAAGCAAAAGAAGAACUAAAUCAACAGAAAAAGAGGAUAGUGAUACAAGUGAUGAUGAAGAUGAUGAUGAAGAAGAUGAUGAGGAAUCCCUUAGUGACAUAGAACCAGACUAUGAUGCCCCAGCAGUAUAUAAACACAGUUUUGUUCAUUCUCUCAGAGCUGAUCAUCUCAUUGCUAAAGGACUCGCAAUAUCUAAAAGUGAAGCCGAACGCUUGUUUUAUAGCAGCAAGUUUUUGUAUAGAGAAAAAACUUUGUUGAAGAAAGCAAAAAAGCUUGAAGUGGGGGAUUAUAUAGAUGUUGUGCAGUCAAAGGAGAAUGACAAACUGGUAGUACAGCGUGUUAAAGUUAUAAAAAUUCUCAACCGGGUCACGCGGAAAGGUAAACCUGUAGUAGCGAUCAGAAUAUGGAGGAAACCAUUCGAGAUAGUCAAACAGCAGAGUUGACACAUCAUUAUAAGAUAUUGCUAUUUUCUUUGUACAUAUUUAUGCAAUAAAAAGGUAAAUCCUUCAA